UUGUUUAAUGUAAAGGAUAAACAAAGACAUAUAUAUGAUUUAACUGUUAGUUUACCAAAAGGUUGGAACAACUGACCCUUAACUAGGUAGACAUUGCAUACGUUGGAAUGUCUGUCUAAAAAAAGAUGAUCUCUGAUAUUCAGAUCUUAACUAUGGAUAUUACGCCGUUGAGUCCUGAGGACUUCUGUUUUUAGAUAUACAAGAAAAGGAAAAUGAAAAGAACUUUUCUUCGCUCUGGUAUGCGCCGCUGCAUUUUCUUGUAUCUUUAAUCGUGCAGGAUCAAGUUUCAUUCGUUUUUCUCGAGGAGAAAACAAUUAAUCAGUAUCACAAAAUAAGUGGCGAGAGAUAUCUAAAAAAAUAAUCCUUGAUAUUGGACUCUUACUGUCGAGAGGACUGCUACUUUUAAAUAUGAAAAAAAGAGAGACAUAAAUAGCCGUUCUCCACUUUGUACUUGUCGCUAUAUAUUUCCAUCACUUUUCAGCGUUAACUGUGCAAAGAUAAAGUUUUGUUUGUUUUUCUAGAAAAGAAAAUAAUAAUCAAAAUUACAAAAUACGUAACGGGAGUUCUGGAGACUCCGUAUCCGAUAUGAUGAUUCAAGCUGUUGUGUUUAUGUCGCGAAGACAGACGUCGAUGCUUGAGGGUUGAAGACGGUUGAAGAUCUUCCUUCCUCGAGGGAUAAACGUUCAGAGAAAGGAUAAUGAUGGAUGAGUGGCAUGAUGAUAAGAACGAAAUGAGCGAUUUGCUCGAUACCGUAAUAAUGGAGACCUCGUACCCCGAGCCUGAAAAUUGUCUGAAGGUAUCCUCGCCGAUGAACGUGGCGCGGCAGGACUCGGGCGUACCGGAGGAUCUCGCUUCGCCUCUCAAUGAAGAGGAGGAUCCGGAUCUCACUAUGAACAGCAAUUGCAAUAUCACCGUCAUUCACAUCACCGAGUCGCAGAACAGCAAGGCGAACGACAAGACGCUAGCUGAGAAUAAGGACAGCAAGGACGGCAGCGAUAGCGGCGUCGAGGGUUGCGCGACAGAAGUUCCAAGAGUACGCAGUAGAAACAGCGUCGACUACACGAGCAGUUGUGGCGGCCUGGACGAGGCCUCUUGCGACUCCAGCCUCGUCAGUUGCUGCUCGGUGUACGAGGACGCGUGCGGAUCCACGUUGCCAGACGAUGUGCGACUGGGUGCUACCGGCGGCGAGGGCACGAGCGAAGGCGGUAGCGAGAGCUCGUCCAUCGCUGGCAGCGUGUCCGUGCGAACGAGCCGUAUGAACGUGAAGAGGACCACGACGACGUCCAGCGCGGCCAAGAAGAAGAUCACGAGCGGUACCGAGUCGCAGAAGAGCGCUCGCGCGAAACCAACGAGCGCGACCUCGGGCACGAGCUUAGGCUCGACGACGCCGCGGUCUAAGUCGCGAACAGCAACGCCCAGAAACAUAAUGACCAAGAUUCAAGGUGCGGGCAGGGAACGGGACCAUCGACCACGAUCGAAAGAAAAAUUGAGCGCUCGAGAGCCGAGCUCCUCCCUCGUUGCAGACACCAAGACGCCUGCUGGUAGUCGUGGUACGGCGACGUAUGGCUGUCGGUCCAGCAGCAGCGCAGUAUCCAAUUUAUCAACUCCCACUGCGGCUUCGAUCGCGAGGACGAGGACGAGAGUGCUGCCGGACUCAUUGCCGUCUGCACUGACCACGGAGAUCAACAAGGAUCUUGCGCAGCGUGGCGGGAGAAUUGUCAGGAACGAUUCAUCGAGAUCGAGGACCGGGUCCAGCACGCGAGGGGCGCGCACGCCGGCGUCCACGCCGUCUGAGGAAACGAGAGCGAAGAUACCGUCCUUGUCAGCUUCUCGCGUUCUCUGCGCGAAGAGUACUGUCUCACGUGCUGAUAAUAAAUCCGUUGGCCAAGAUAACAAGGCGCUUGAUACGUAUGCAACGUUGCCGCGUAGGAACAGAAAUAAACUGACGAUCUCGAAAGCCGGAGAGAAGACGGACAAGAUGACCAGAAGUCGAUCUGGAAGUCGAGACGUUAGCCUCAGCAGAACCAUUGAGAAGAAGAGCGUUAUUGGGAGGGAUUCGUCUUCCGUUCACAAGAGUCUGCCGCCGUAUCCCAGACAGAGAACCGAAAAAACUCGUAUAUAUCACGAGACCAGCGCACAGACUGGCUUGACCGGGCAGGACAUCGAGAACGCGAUGUCCGGACAACCUAGCGCCAUCGCUGGGCCCGAGGUCGUCGAGAGACUGCACAAGGGUUGCCAAACGGAAGACGCGUGGGACGACGUACAGACCUUGCAGGAUAACUUGAGAAGCUUGAAUGAGGAAAGCGGCAGUCUGCGGGAAGAGAACGAGAGAUUGAAACUCGAGUUGGCCGAGGCGAAUCGUCUUCUAGAGGAGGAACGGGCCGAUCACGCGUUUGCGCGUAAGGAACUCGAUAGAAACGCGCAACGGGUACUGGCUAUGCUAGGAACGCCGCAAUCAGAACAUGCAGAAGGCAGCGACAGCUUCCUAGAGCUCGAAAGUCAUAUACAAUCUUCGGGACAAGUUGUCGCUAAUCAACAAGUUGAAAUAGCUGAUCUGCAAUCGCUCUGUCGUAUGUUAAGCAGGGAUUUGGACAAAAGUGUAGCUGCGCAGAAAGCCUUGCUACAACAGCAACAAGAAUUGGAAGCCGAAUCAGCCGAGAUGCAAGAUUUUCUCCAAGAGGAGAAAGCCACAUUGGCGGAGGCGCUCAAAGAUGCCGAAUUGGAGCUCAAGAAAAAAAGCGAAGCCUUAACUCAAAGAGAGACGGAAUUAGAGAGACAAAUGGAGGAGUGUAAACAUUUAGUGCGAAUUAGCGAACAAAGAAGGCAAGAGAAUUUAUCAAUGAGUCUAAAGUUGAAUGCCGUUGAACGAAGAAGUAGGGAACUUUUACUCACUCAAGGCGCUGCUAUGUCCGGAGCGGCUGUAGCUCUUUCCGGACUUAGCACCAGAUUGGAAGGAUUGAUAGAUCAAUUAAUUGCUUCUUAUAACAUCUCAGUAAAAGAUCUUGAAGAUGUUAUAUAUCAUAACGAAGCGUACAGUAGAAGCAACAGUAGCGUGGAGUCUAGUCCGGUUAGCUCUAAGCAGAGUUUAAAAGAACGCACGCCGAGCCCGAAGAGUGGAUCCUUCGUUUCCGCGGUGAUCAGCGCAAUUCGGAACGCCGCGACGCAUCCCUUCGCGGCUAGAAACAUCGAUAAAAAAUCCAGCCUGGAUUCGUCUAAACAGAUUUACAAAGAACUGAGUAUGGAAUCGUCGUCCGACUUGCUCGAUUUUGAAACCGAGCCAUGUUUGAUGAUGGAAAGCGUCCUGGAAGACGUGCCUUUGCCGGACACAUACUCGCAUAACAUGAUAUCGAGCAGCGAUUCUCUACGCAGAGCACUGAGUUUCUCCGAAACGUCGGACGAGCAUAAUCUAAGGAAGACGAAGUACGGCGACGAAUGUACAAGUCUCACGAAUCUCACCCAGGCGAUCCUGCAUCGUCGUAAGGUGGAGGACGAGGGUGACGACGAUUGCGAUUCCGUGAGCGAAUCUGACACCGGGACCAAUGACGGUCCUGUACCUUUGACGGAUUACUGUCCAUCUGUGGAUCUCGUCGAUCAAGUGAUCGAGGUGGACAAUCUCGUUACUAAACUUCUCAAAGUGCUACGAAUCAUACAGCUUGACAACGAUACGUGUAUACAGGAAUUGAAAGAAGAGAAGUCUAACUUGGAGAUAAAAUUAGAAGCCACUGUAACGGAAUUGAACGAGCUUCGCAAGAUCAUCGAUAAUCUUCAUCAAUCACCGGAAGAAGUCCUGAACAACGUGCCGGAUCGACGACGUAGCGUUGUGGAGAAUUGCCGGAUUUUGCUUAAAGAGGUAAUAGCCGGCGAUGUCGCCGAUACAUUUUUAUAGUGUGCUUCUUUCACGCUACUGCCAUAUCUCUGACAUAAAUUAUUGACUUUCCUGAAAGAGAUGUCAAAUGGUAUAAUUCCUCUGUAGGCGGGUAAGGAGGAAUUGAAAUUUGAGGCCGUACUUGCUAGUAAUAACAGUCCCGGUGAGAUAAACUGAGGAUCUCGAUGCGAUCGAGGCGACUUCCGCUUAAUAUUUUAAAAUAUCUUAUUAAUUUCGUAUAUAUAUAUUCUUCCUAAUUAUUAUAAAUUAUUUUAAUUCUUAAGAGAAAUGUGUCAAUUUUGAAAGUCUGAAUUAUUAUAUUGAACAUCGACGAACAUUUUAUUGUAAAAGUGGGAUUUCUAAUUUCGACGUGAAUGAAUUUUUGAAAGAGUUUAGACAGCAUAUAAAUUUGAAUUAUAUAUAUUUUUCCUUUUAUCGGAACGUAUUUCUGUGCGCUUUGUAAUGUUAAUUCCAGGCUGAAUUUAAUAUUGUACAUGUGUAUAUUAAUACGACGUUGUUAUGUCGAAAUUGCGAAGAAUAAUUGAAUCAAAUUUGAACAAAUACGGGCUCGUCGCCGUUUUUAAAAUAAUUGUACAAAAGAUGAUUAUUUAAAGAAUAAAUGAUUCUGAUUAAAAUUACAACCAACUAUGGCUAAUUACAUAAGCGUAUAAAGGGAUAUUUAACUUUGCUGAUUUUGCAUUGUAUUUUUUUUUUACCAGCAUUUGGUCAAAUAUAUUCAUGAAUAAUGAAUAAUGAUUUUAAAUAUAUAUUUGUAAAUGUAUUAGCGUAUAUAAAAUAUAUGUUUUAUACGUCUAAAUUAUAUUUAUGUCAAAAUGUAUAUUUAACAUAUAUUUGAAUACGUGUGAACGUUGUGUAAUACGCUAGUACACUUUUUUUGUGAAAAUACAAAAUUAUAAAUCGUUACUCGUUAUUCGCGAAUAUAUUAUAUCCAGUACUGAUUCCCACCGAGUUGAUCGCAGUUGAUCGUAGAAUUUUAUAUUCAAUGCGUAGAAAUAAUUCUUCACUGUGUGAAAUUAUUAGGUUCAUAAUAAAGGCUUUUUCAAUUGAGAUAACAGAGUAGAGUAUCCUACAUUUAAGAUAAUAGCGUGUAAUGGAAAAUACAACAGAGUGCAAGGCACUAUCAUAUAAAAUGAAGGAAUAGAAUUUGGGUACCUUUUAUCGUGUCUUCGAUCCUGCAACACUCACAUUACCGUAAUCAUUGUGCAACAUCCAAGGAGGAUAGAUAAUGAAAUAUUUUAUGGCAAAUCGUAGAUAUAAAAAUGCUUAAAAAGCUUCUUAAUAGACGAGGACUAGAAAAAAAAACAUUUAUGCGAUUAUUUGUGUGCGUGCGUGUGUGUGUGCAUAAUUUAUUUCUCUUUUUUAUCUAAGAAUGUAUAUACGUUAAUACCUAUAAGAUUUGUUUGUGAUAAGUCUCAAAGACUUGUUGCUCAGUGAAAUCAAAGUUGAGAUUUAUUGCAAACAUUUAGACGAGGUUUCUUCCAUCAAAAUGGAGCUUUGCUUUAGGCACAACUUUAAGCAUAGGAAACAUAUUGUGAUGAUACACCAAACAACAACACAUAUGUAUUUUAAUGUUUAAUCAAAUAAAUUUUCAUAUCUCGAAAGACAGAUGCAUAUAAUUAUAUCAUGUAUACAUAACUUUACGAAGCAGAUUAUAUCACGUCGGUGCACGUGGAAAAUUCGCAGCUAACAUUUACGAUUGUUUUAUAAGCAAAUGAAUAUAUUGUAUACCGUAACGCGCUAAAUCAAAAUGAAAUUAUAGCUAAGGCGAAUAUUGCAUUUAGCUCGUUUAACAUGUAAAUACAUAUGUGGAUACACAAUCGCCCGUUACAUUGUACGGAUAAGGUCAAUGAAAUCGUGACUUUUGCAAUUUUAUGUAUUUUAAAAGCCAUCUUUUAAGUUACAGAGAGAAAUGAGCUUGCCGGAUAACGCUAAUAUCGAUCGGCGCGUCUCUUUAUUGAUACUAGAUACACCAUAUAUAUAAAUGCGUGGUACGACAUCGACUUCGAUCGUCGAUCAUACAUCGUUUAUAUUCUACGAGUACUCGUCCAUCAUCCCUGUAGAUGCAGAUAUCCUAUCCCUGUGGAGAGAGCAUGGUUCUUUUUAAAAAUAUCUUAUUUUAAAUAGUUAUUAGUCUUGAAACGUAGAUUGUACGCCCGCUGUAUUGAAAGGGAAGGAAAAUACCGUUUUCUUAAUAUAUGCUGUAGGCGGAACACUAUAUGUAUUGGAAUUGCAAGCGUCGAGGAGUCAUUUUAAUGCACGCUCGUGCCUCGCACAUGACGUAUGCCACGUAUCAAGGGCGCCAAGAAGUUCGCCAACCGUACAGCUGGUUGUCUGGAACAUAAGAUGGUCACGUCUCGAGAAAAAGUGUACACACUGUAUUAUUUUUAUAAUUAAAAAAUUGAAAAUUACGCGCGAGAUACCAAUUGCAAUACGAUUACAAUUUAAGAUAUUGAUAUAAAUUAUAAUUAAUGCCAAUAAAAUUAAUUGUCAGGGCAA